AUGAACAGACACAGCUUGAUCGUCGUGCCCGUGAACCACACCAGUAUGCUGCUGCUUGAUGUUCCGAAGCAAAGCCCGGCAUCCCUGACCAGAGGCAGCAAUGAGCAAAUCAGUUUUGGCCACGUUCACGGUGAGAUUGCCUUCCGUCAGCUCGUGCACGAGAACAUCAAGGAAACGAUUGACGGCACCAAAAUCCUCCAAGACGGAAAAGGACAGCAAAUCAUCGACAAAAGCAACCAGGGAAACGUCAAUGCAGCUUGCCCCCUCUUCCUCAUCUCCGAAAGGGUGUUCGUUACGAUAAACUUCGAAUGCUGGGUCAAAGAAGGCCCUGAGUACAGGGAACUCGGAGUCCUCGAAGUGGGUGUGGACGUCUGCCAAUAUGCUGUCGUACAGGCAGAUAAAAAGGGCAGGUCCUUCAACACUGCCUUGACGAACGCCCUUCCCGACCCUCAAGCAACGACACGGACGACCAGUCUUAGUGUCCCGUAA